CAAAAUUAGUGUAACAAUCAAUCCCGAUUUCACCGUAACGUCGCCUUUAUCAUUUUCCUAAACCCUAUUUCUCUUGCUUGCUUGCUUUCCAAAAGAUAAUCAAUCAUCAAACAAACAGAAGAUGGAUACGAUGUCUACUCAGGGUGCACGUCGCGCUGUUGGUGACCCCAGUGGUUGGAGAGCUCAAAUGCAACGGGAAAGAAUCGCGAAGAAGAUAAUGGAUACCUUGAAGACACAUCUUCCAUUCUCAGGAUACGAGAGACUACAGGAACUUAAGAAAAUUGCUCAGAGGGUUGAAGUGGAGAUUUAUACUGCGGCCACAAGCCAGUCUGAAUAUGCACGGAAGAUAUGCUUGAAUAUUCUGAUUAUGGAGACUAGAUUACAGACUCUCAUGCGGUCAAACUCUGCUGCUGAUACUGUAAACCGCUCAGUGCCAUUAGAUUCGACGGCUCAGACUCGCAAAAAAGAUGGCGGAGAUUGGCAAGAAGAAAUUUAUGAAAAGAUAAAAGCUCUGAAAGACCUGUAUCUGCUCGAUCUGAAAGACCUGUAUCUACUCGAUUUGAGGCCUACACGGUGUUCAAGUGGCGCUGUUGGUGACACCGCCAUGGAAUCUGGUGAUUGGAGGGCUCAACUGCAAGCAGAUUCACGGGAAAGGAUCGUGAACAAGUUAAUGGAUACCUUGACGAGGCAUCUUCCAUUCUCUGGAUACGAGGAACUACAGGAAGUUAAGAAAAUAGCUGAAACGGUUGAAGAGGAGAUUUAUACCGGUGUCACGAACCUGUCUGAAUAUGCACGGUUGCUAUGCUUGAUUAUGCUGACAAUGGAGACUAGAUUACGAAAUUUCAUGUCAGACUCCAUGCAGUCAAACUCUGCUGCUAAUAGUGUAAACCCCUCAAAUCCAGGUUCUGAGGUGACGCAACAAGUGGACAACCCGCAGCAGCUCCUGCAACGGCAAAGGACGACAGGCCAGCAAAAUCUACUUUCAAGUCUACCGCAGUCAUCACAGGAGUUAAUUGGUCAAUCCACCAUGACAUAUGUUUUUGGUCAAAAUUCGAACAUGAAGAACCUUCAAAAUAUGCCCGGUGCUGUUGGUGACCCCACAAAGGAAUCUGAUAAUUGGAGGGCUCAACUGCAAGCAGAUGCACGUGAAAGGAGCGUGAAAAACAUAGUGGAUACCUUGAAGAUGCAUCUUCCAUUCGCUGGAGACGAGGAACUACAAGGGCUUAAGAAAAUAGCUGAGACGGUUGAAGAGAAGAUUUAUACUGCUUCCAUAAGCCAGACUGAUUAUUUCCGGAAGAUAUCGGUGAAGAUACUGGAUUUGGAGGAUAGAUCAAAAAGUCCCAUGCGAUCAAACGCUGUGACUAAUAGUGUAAACCCUUCAAAUCCAGGUUCCGAGGUCAUGCAGCAAGUGAACAACCAAGUGAAACAACCUUCUAUUCAUGUGCCGUCUAAUAAUACUCAACAAGUGAUGUCAAAGAACAUGCACGGUAACAUUGGUUUAGAUGGGAUGUACAACUAUUCUGGUUUAUCUUCUUCUGCAUUGCCACCUGGCAGCGCGUUACAACAACCCACCAUGACAAAUGUUGCUGGUCAAAGUUUAAACAUGCAAAACAUGUCUAGUUUUCGACAAAACCCGCUCAGUGGAAAACAAUAUAACUCCUCUAACAUUCUCCAGCAGCGGCAGCAACUGCUGAUGCUGCAACAGCAGAGGUUGAUGAACCAGCAAAAUGAGUUUUCAAGUCUAGUGCAGCCAUCACAGCAGUUAAUUGGUCAAUCCACCACGACAAAUGUUGCUGGUCAAAAUUUAAAGAUGCAGAACAUUCAAAAUAUACCUCAACGAAACCAGGCUAUGGGACUCUCUGAGUCGCAGCAGCUCCUGCUACAACAGCUCCGGCAACAGCAGAGUUUCAUAGGCCAGCAAAAUAGGCUUUCAAGUCCACUACAGUCAUCACAGCCGUUAAUUGGUCAAUCCACCACGCCGACAAAUGUUGCUGGACAAAAUUUAAAGAUGCCGAACAUUAAAAAUAUGUCUCCAAUGCCGCAACCUAUUAAUAUGCCUAAUCAGAAACAAGAUAUGCAGAGUUCAGCAAAUGUGUUACCAACGCAGGUUCAACAAUCACAGCCACAGUUGCAGCAGCAGGUGACGCCACCACACAUGCAAUCGCCGCUUGGGCUGCAGCUGGGUAUGCAACAACAGCCAAAUCUGCUGCAAAGGAACACACAACAAAGGCUUCCAACCGCAAGUGGUUUUCCGCUGCAAAAUGUGAUUGAUCAACGGAAACAGCCAAUUCAGAAGCAGAAAGUUAUGCCAGCGGCUUCAUCAACAUCAUUAGAUUCGACAGCUCGGACUGGCAUUCCAAAUGGCGACGAUUGGCAAGAGAAAGCGUAUCAAGAGAUAAAAGCUAUGAAGGAUAAGUAUCUACCGGAUUUAAUUGACAUUCACCAGAAAUUUAUAUCCAAAUUGCAGCAGCACAAUUCUCUUCCUCAGCACCCAAUAAAUGUGCAAAUUGAGAAGCUGAUUGUAUUUAAACAUGUGUUGGAGCGUUACAUGCAAUUCUUACAAAUCCCAAAGAAUGGAAUAUCAGAAAGUUAUAAAGACAAACUGCCUGUCUAUGAGAAGCAUAUUAUUAAUGUCAUCAAUUCAAAUAAGCAAGUUCAAUCACAUGAAAAUCAGAUGAAUUUAGAGGGUUCUAUGGCACAAAUGAAACUGAAUGAUAUCGGAAGUUUGCAGCAAUCUACCACCGCUUCUCCCUCAGUGGAUUCAAAAUCUUCAACAGAAAAUGAUGAAUUGCAUACACCCCAGGUCCUUAGCGGUUCUCAAUAACAAAAUACCGUGGUGAGUGCUGCUUAAUCUUGUUAUCUUUGUUUGAAGUUCUGAUAUCCUGGCAACAAGUAUAGUUGUUGUCUUCCUUGCUUUUACAUUUGCAUAUUUGAAACAAAACUUAUCAAAACUUUCAUGUUCUAUGAUAAAA